AUGAAUGAAAUUGAGACUCCUAUGGAAAAUACAGUGCUACAUAUUGCAGCUUGGUAUGGUAAUAAUGAAAUUGUGAAUCUUGUAAUUGAACGUGUUCCAAAACUUUUGUUUAAAUUUAACAAAAACAAUGAUAGUGCAUUUCAUGUUGCUGCAAAUGGUGGACACAUUUCAACCGUUGAAAAGCUACUAGCAAAUUAUGUGAAUAUUGAACGGCAUGAUAUAAAAAUGGCAUGGUUAGAAUACACUAAAAAAAAUAAGGAUGACCAAGAAGACUAUGAUGAAAAGUCAAAUAUGGAGGACUUGUUAAAUUUUGUAAAGGAGAAGAAUGUUCGAGGCAACACUAUGUUACAUGAGGCAAUGUUAAGUGACAAAAGCAAUAUGAGCAGGGGUAUGAUUUUCAAAGUUUGUGAACUUUACAAAACUGAAGAUUUGUCUGGAUACUCAUUGGCAAAUUCUUGUUAUGAAUUUGCAUUAGAUAUUAUUAAUCAUGCAAAGGAAUCGGUACUUUUCCUUGCUGUUGUAAAAGGGGACAAGGAUGCAGUCGAACUAAUCUUGAAAAAUUGCCCCCAGAAUGUUAAGCCGGAGGGAUUGUCGCCCGUUGGAGCAGCUAUCCUGAUGCAGAAGCAUAAUAACGCAUCAUAUGGUGGCCAUGUGGAAGUAGUGAAAAAGUUGUUAGAAUAUUGUCCUGAUCCCACAGAGAUGCUUGACACUUCUCAUAAACGUAAUAUUCUUCAUGUUGCAUCAAAAUAUGGAAAAUAUGAGGUGGUGCAAUACAUUCUACAAAGUCAAAUUCCUGGACUUGAUAAGAUGAUAAAUCAAAAAGAUAAUAAAGGAGAUACCCCUUUGCAUUUGGCUGCGAGAUCAUGUCAUCCUACAACUGUGUACUACUUAGUUAACCAAAGCAAAGAGAGAGUGAAACUUGAUUUGGUUAACCAAAACAACGAAACAGCUCUUGACAUUGUUACUACACUUUUUGAGCUUGAUAAAUCAUCUUUAAGACAGCAUCUUACAUGGAUUGCACUUAAAUCUGCUGGUGCACAGAAGAGUAGCACACCAAUAGCAGCAUGUUUAGCUGUUCCAGGUGAAGCAGAAGGAAAAGCACACAGCCUAUGUCAUGCAAUGUUCCAUGCUUUCAUUAUCUUCAUCACAAUAUCGUUGUUCAGUUCCAUUAGUGCUACUAUCAUACUCUUUUGGGCAACACUUGGGUUAACUGAAUUGGUAACUUUUACUCUCAAAAUGGUCAUGCCGCUUCUUGGAAUCGCUCUCAUUUCGUUAUCUUUGGCUUUCAUGGCUAGUCUUUACACUGUUAUUAGUGAACUUACUUGGUUGUCAAAUGUGUCUCUGGUUAUGGCAUUGAUUUUUAUUGCGGUUGUGAUUGCGUUAUAUAUGCUCAGUUUCCUUCCAUCAUCAUCAACUAGCAAGCCAUUGCGUGGAGGGUGUGAAACUAAGUUGAAUUUUCAGGAUGUAAUCAAUUCCAUGGAGAAAGAGGGAGAGAAAGGUGAGUUUGAGUUUGGUGCUUAUGUUGGUAGCGUAAGCAUGAUGUGGGAGGAGGUGGCUGUUAGUUGA